AUGAAAUCCUAUAGAUAUUUGCUUAUACUCAUAAUAAUUGGAUAUGUGAAAUGUGAUGACAAAUAUCCUAGUGACCCUGAAAAACCUGAAGAAAAGAUAGUUACAAUACGGGAAAAUGUUGAAAAUUCUGGAGAUCAAUGUGAUAAUUUUGAAACAAAUGAAACAACUCAUUCGAAUGAAACUGAUAAAUAUGGGCCAUCUUCAAAUGAACCUCAACCACAACCUCUAUCUGUACCACGACCAUUAACUAUACCAAUACCACCACCUACGCAACCUCAAUCAUAUCAACCUGGAUAUCAACCAAUACCUAUACAACAAAUUCAACCACAGCCAUUAACUAUACCACUACAACCACAACAACUACAUGGUUCACACCCAGGAUAUCAACAGUAUCAUCCACAAAUACAACCACAUCCAGGUACAAUAACACAAUAUGGUCCAUAUCAACCUACUCCUAGUCAACCUAUAUUAUUACCACUACCUCAAGCAUAUCAACCACAUUAUGAUCCUUAUCAACCAUUAACUGUACCUCAAACAUACCAAUUAGAACAAUAUCUAGGAUACCAACCACCACCUCAAUAUCAACCAGUACAACAGUAUAUACCUCCUCAACCAUAUUAUCAAACUCAACCACAACCAUAUUAUCCAGUACCUCAAUAUCAACCAACACAACCACAACAUUUAGCUAUACCAACACCUAUUCAACCAACACCCCAACCAGGUACCGGUUAUUAUGGGCCUCAACAUCAACCACAUCCACCAAUUCAUCAACCUUAUGGGCCUAUACCACAGCCUAUACCUAUACCAAUUCAACCACAAAUAACACAGCCAUUGACUAUACCAAUAAAACAACCACAACAACUACAUGGUCCACAACCACCACAGUAUAUACCUCCUCAACAAAUUCAUAUACAACAACCUUAUCAGCCUAUUCAACCACAACCACGUUAUCCUCAUCCACAACAUCCAAUACCUAUUCAUCAACCUUAUGGACCUUAUCAAGCAAUUCAUACAGAUAAACCAAUACAACCACAGGUACCUGUACCACAACCAUCUCAACCAAUACAUCAACCUCCACCACAACAAUUAAGACCAUGUUAUACUCAAUCAGGAUCAACAACUCAACAACAAUCUCGGGAUCAACAACCUCCAGAUCAACAACCUCAACAACAGCAGCAAUCUCAAGCCAGAGGAAAAGGCAGAAGACGUUAUGAAGUACCACCUAGAUUUAGAAAUAGAGAACCACAAAUUCAAGCUGAUGAGUCUAAAGAACAUGAUGAAUCAUCUACUCCUGAAACUACUCAAUCUGAUGAAACUAAACCUACUAAAGAACCAACACAGACACAAGAAGAUACAGAAGAACCUACUCAAAUAGAACCCAUACAUACUAGUGAACCUGAACAGUUGGAACCAGAAACUAUUCCAGUAGAGGUUGGAUCAGAUGAAGAAGAAGAACCUACAGAACCACCUAGUGGACCUGGAGAUGGAGAUCAACCACCAGAUAAACCUGAAGAAGAGGCUGGAGAAGGGGGAGAUGAGGAAGAGGAGGAAGAGGAGGAAGGAAAAAAACCAGAUCAAAGGGUUAAAAUUUGUGAAGUAAUAAGAUUCUUUAAAAAGAAUGAAGAAGGUGUUUUAGUUGAAAUGUCUUGGGGUGAUUAUGAAAUAACAGGUUAUAACACUUAUACUACAAAAUAUACAUUAUAUGAUAAACUUGAGAAAAUAGACUGCGAUGGAGAAACUGUAUACGAAUAUAAAGAAGGAAAAGAAUAUUGCAAUUAUUUAACAUAUAAUAGAAUAAAAAACAGUUUUAUUGUUAGAAAUAAAUCAGGAUUUAUUUUAUGCAGAUUUUCUGAAGGUAUUUGGAAAACAAGUUCUCGCAGCAUUCCAAAUUUUGUCAAAAUUUAUAAAUAUGAUAGUGAAGGAAAUCUGGUUGAAAUAAGUCCUGAAGAAUGUACUAUUGACCUUACUACAGGUGGAUCAUUGAAAUACAAAUUUUUAAAAGAAGUAAAAUGUACUAAAAUUGAAAUUAAAACAAUUAAGGCAUGGGAAAAAAAGGAUGAGAGUGAAUAUCCAAUAGGAUUUAUUAUAACGACUGGAAAUUAUAUGAAAUUAAAUUUUAAGAGGUUUACAAAAGUAUUAGUUAAAAAAAGUGAACCUUUUGAACAUUAUUAUACCGAAUAA